GGAUACAACAAUUAAUGCGGCUGCCCUUGUUUAAAAAAUGCGAACGCUUUUGAAUGCCUACAAAGCAGCGAAGGACAACGAAAAACAGACUGGCACUUCUCCGUGCACAGUACCAUAUAUGCGCGAGAUGGACGAAAUUUUUGGCGAAAGUUGCUUGGUGUCCAACAACCACACCUUAAACAUUGGAACAGAUCCUCAAAAGGCAUUGGUUGAGUCUAGUGGUAAGGAUUCAACUGAUUUUCAAACAAUCCUCGACGAUAUGCCAAGUACUUCGGGGCAGAGCCGGUCUGCACUAAGCCGUAGCAUAUGCAGACCAAAUGCUGUGAAUUCACAGGAGCCGAACGCAGCAAAUUCUGUUCCAAAUCGGCGUUAUAGGAAAAGCGCUAAAGAACUAUAUUUAAAAAAAAAAAUCGAACAAAAAAGGAAAAGUGCUAAAGUACAGGCGAAGUUUUACGCAAAUAUCAAAAAACGAAUGCAGGAUUUGGCCGAAAAUCAAAAAAUUCUAAUAGAAAUUGAACAAAAAAAAAUGAAAAUAGAAGAAGAAAAAUUAAAAAUUUUAAAACAGUAUUUUAUGAAUACAAAUUAG